AGAAUAAUGUCGUAUUCCAUUUCCGAACACACACUAAAAUCAGUUACCGAAAUAAAAACACAAAAAUGCCAUUUCGUGGAGACAACUUCAAGGACUUUAAAGAAAUAAAUAAAAUUCGAAAGGAGAACAAUAAAUACAAGUACAUCGCUGUUUUCAUCACAGUUAUACCCGGCAUUAUAUUGGGCGGAUUUAUGGGCAAGAAAUUGGCCCAAUUCCUCGAAGUAUUUGAUCUUUAUGCGCCCGAUGUCUCGGAAGAUGAUUAAUAUAACAACCAUGGCGCAUAUGGAACUUCUACAUGGUGAACCAAAUGAAUUUGGAGCAAACUUGUGCAUAUCCUGUUUGGAUAUAUGCUAAUGUGCCAAUCCAAACAGGCCAAACGGGAUGCUAGGAAAGAAAACUCAACGCAAACAACUGCCCAGACCGGUAACCAAAUUCAAAGCAGGGUAAUAAGUGCACAGAUCAAUUGAAUCAUAAUUAGUGCAAAGAGCUCAAAAUCAAACAAGUUUUUAACAAUAAAUGUGCCUUUUCAUUCAUGUAUUUAG